CGUGAGAAGCGGUUCGUUCGCUCGCGUGCGGCUGUGAGUGAAACGAAACGUCACAAGCCUGUGCGAGAAUCAUCUGUCAAUUAUUUCAUUUGUUUUAUUUUAAAAAAUGGGUCCAAAAUUAAUAUUAAUUGUUAACUAAAUCAGUAACUUUUGUAUUUUUGUAUUAUUAUAAACAUUGGGUGGAAACAGAGAUUUACGGUAAUUACGGGAUUGUGUAAUUGCUAAUAUUGCUGUCAAAAUUAACUUUUGUUUUUGUUAGCAAAAUAGACCGUGGUGUGUCGAAUAGUUGCCCUGUUUAUUUUCCACUUGAACUUGAUGUGAUUACAAAACGUUCUGUGCCAGCCAGCCAGUUAGGUGGUGACUAAACAAUCUAUUUUCUCUUGUUACUGUGACUGUAGUGAAAAACAAGAUGUCCAAAGUAUCCCUGAACAACGUUCCUUCAAACCCACGAAUCAACCGCUUGAGAACAUUCUCUAGGACUGAGAGUGAAACAUCAUGCGAAGAAGCGGCGCGCCUCACAGCCGAAGGGGCGCCCGCAGAAGACGACGACGAGGCUUACGACUAUGGAGCCCUACCGCCGCCACCCGACGGCGGCUACGGCUGGGUGGUGGUGUUCGCCUCCUUCAUGUGUAACCUGGUGGUGGACGGCAUAGCGUACACCUUCGGGAUAUUCCUCCCGGAGCUGGUCACAUACUUCGGGGAGGGAAAAGGAACUGUCGCGUGGGUCGGCAGCUUGCUGUCCGGAGUUUAUCUGGCUGCUGGUCCAAUAGUGUCAGCACUAUGCAACAAAUUCGGGUGUCGAGCGGUGUGCGUGGCAGGCUCCUUGGUGGCUGCCACAGCAUUCGUUCUGUCCACCUUCAGCAAAAGCGUCACUGUGAUGAUGAUCACCUACGGGUUACUUGGAGGUAUCGGCUUCGGUAUGAUAUACCUGCCGUCUGUGGUAGCUGUGGGCUACUACUUCGAAACGCGGCGGUCGCUGGCGACCGGUAUCGCGGUGUGCGGUUCUGGAGUGGGCACCUUCAGCUUCGCACCCCUCGCUUCCAUACUUCUGAAUGAGUUCGGCUCGUGGCAGAAUGCUAACCUGCUUCUUGCCGGACUCAUUCUUAACUGCGCCGUGUUUGGUGCGCUUAUGAGACCGCUGGUGUAUCCUAAGUCGUCAGGCGAAAAGCCUCUGCUGCAACGAAUGGCUGAAGAGAAAAGACUGCAAAUGGAACGGGGAUCAAUUGGGGGGUCAUACUUCAUGGUGCAAUUACCUGAUGGGACAAUGGAAAAAAGACUGAAGGCGCCACUGAACAUAGACCCCGGCGUGCACUCGUCGCUCAACCUGGAAGCGCUCGCGAGGGUGCCCACGGUGCCCAACAUGCCCGGCGUGCCCACGGUGCCCACGCUGCCCACCAUCACCGAGGCCAAAGUGGCCGAGGAUAACGGAAUGAAGAAGAAGAGCGACAAGGAGAACGGUUCAGCGUUGCAAACGGACAAGCAGAUAUCUCGCAACGUGUCGUCGCCUGCGUUUAGUGCGCAAGCGCCGGGUCUGCCAAAGAACGGAUCCGUGCCGUUCUUUGAUCGCCAACGCAAGCACUCUACGGGAGAUAGGUCAGCCAACGAUAGAUUUAAACCGUCCUUAGCUGCCAUUAAAGCCACGUCCAAAACCUCAAUGAACAGCCAAAGAAACGAUGGGGACACAGAAAGCAUGAUGUACCAGUCCAAACUGUCAGUGUCCGGGCCGCGGGAACCGUCCCGCAUGGUGCGUCCCAUGUCCCGCAAAGACAUCUUCUACUCGGGCUCCGUGCUCAACCUGCCCCAGUACCAAAGCCAGAAGUCUUUACAAGGGUAUAGGAACUCGGUGCUGAGUCUGCCUCAGAGCAGGCAGACUGGCGAUCUGGAGAGAGCGGAACAAUACGACCUCUGCCCGUGCCUCGCUCUGCCCAGCUCGUUCAAAUCCGCGCUAUCUUCCAUGUUGGACGUGAGCCUGCUUCGCGACCCAGCGUUCAUGCUCAUCGGCGUGUCCAACAUCUUCGGCAUGGCCGGCCUCUACGUGCCCUUCGUGUACAUCGUGGACGCCGCCAUGAUGAACGGGGUGGAGGCGGGCAAAGCGUCGUUCCUGCUGUCGAUCAUCGGCAUCACGAACACGAUCGGGCGUAUCGCGUGCGGCUGGGUGGCCGAUUUCCCCUGGAUGGAUUCGCUACUGCUCAACAACCUGUGCCUCGUCAUCGCCACGGUAUCAGUGGCGGCGACACCUUUCUGCUACUCAUACGCUGCUUACGUCGCGGUGGCCAUUGCCUUUGGAAUUGCUAUCUCCGGCUACAUCUCUCUCACCUCCAUCAUCCUAGUAGACCUGCUAGGGCUGGACAAGCUCACCAACGCGUUCGGGCUUCUCAUCCUGUUCAGAGGCGCCGCUGCUAUCGUCGGCUCACCCCUGGCCGGUGCUGUAUAUGACGCAACCAAGAACUAUGACGCGUCGUUCUACAUGGCGGCUGCGUUCUUCCUGGCGUCAACGCUGACGUCAUUCGCGGCGCCUACUUUCCGCAGAAAACAAGAAGCAGUCCAACAGCCCAUGGACGUUCUCACCCCCAUAGACGAGGAUCUCGAAGAAGGCGACGAAGAGGAUCCUGACGACACGCCCAUAACCAUGGGAGCGCUGGCCAGCCGUCCACCCGCCAUCGUGCGCACCGCCGCCUCGCCCUCCGACCCGCCCUCGCCCAGCCCGCCCGAGGAGCGCGCGCAGCGGGAGAGUGUGCUCUAACAUAAUAGGUAUAAGACUCAAAAUAAAUCGUUCUAAUUACCACCUAUAAGAUCCAAAGUCGAACGUGCGCCUGGCCGAGGUAUAUGCGCGGGAGAGUGUGCUGUAACGCGAUAGCUGUAAGACUCAAAAUUGCACGCGCGCCUAGCUCAACUGAGGUGCGCGUACGGCGGGUUACUGUGCUACAUAAGACUCAAAAUUGAACGUCUAAGAAGGCGGGAGUGUGCUCUAAUACAAUACCUGUAAGGCUCAAAGUUGAGCGUCUCGCUCGCUCGUCAUCGUACGCACCGCCGCCUCGCCCAGCCCGCCCGAGGAGCGCGCGCAGAGGGAGAGUGUGCUCUAACACAAUAGGUAUAAGACUCAAAAUAAAUCGUUCUAAUUAACACCUAUAAGAUUCAUAGUCGAAUGUCGAACGGGUGCCUGGCAUAUCGGAGGUGCUGGGUGAAGGAGUGUGCUCUAAUGUAACAGCUAUAAGACUCAAAGUUGAUCGCAUAGUCCGCCCGCCAUCGUGCGCACCGCCGCCUCGCCCAGCCCGCCCGAGGAGCGCGCGCAGAGGGAGAGCGUGCUCUAACGACAUAGGUAUAAGACUCAAAAUAGAUCAACACAUAUAAGAUCCAAAAUCGAACGUUUAUCUAGUAGGAGUGUGCUCUAAUGACGUAGCUGUAAGACUCAAAAUUGCAUGCGCGCCUAGCUCAACUGAGGUGCGCGUACGGCGGGUUACUGUGCUACAUAAGACUUAAAAUUGAACAUGCGUCUAGCUUGUCCGUGGUUCAUACGCAGUGGGAGAGUGUUCUCUAAUACAAUACCUGUAAGGCUCAAAGUUGAGCGUCUCGCUCGCUCGCUCGUCAUCGUGCGCACCGCCGCCUCGCCCAGCCCGCCCGAGGAGCGCGCGCAGAGGGAGAGUGUGCUCUAACAUAAUAGGUAUAAGACUCAAAAUAGCCCGCCAUAGUGAUCAAGUGCAGCGGGGGGUGUGCUUUAAUGACAUAGCUGUAAGACUCAAAAUUGCAUGCGCGCCUAGCUCAACUGAGGUGCGCGUACGGCGGGUUACUGUGCUACAUAAGACUCAAAAUUGAACAUGCGUCUGGCGCGCCUAAGGUCGUAGGCGGGGGGAGUGUUCUCUAAUACAAUACCUGUAAGGCUCAAAGUUGAGCGUCUCGCCCGCCCGCCAUCGUGCGCACCGCCGCCUCGCCCUCCGACCCGCCCUCGCCCAGCCCGCCCGAGGAGCGCGCGCAGAGGGAGAGUGUGCUCUAACGUCAUACGUAUAAGACUCAAAAUAAAUCGUUCUAAUUACCACCUAUAAUAUCCAAAGUCGAACGGGCGAGGUAUAUGCGCGGGAGAGUGUGCUCUAACGCGAUAGCUGAAAGACUCAAAAUUGCAUGCGCGCCUAGCUCAACUGAGGUGCGCGUACGGCGGGCUACUGUGCUACAUAAGACUCAAAAUUGAACAUACGCCUGGCGCGGCGCGCCUGCGGUCCUAGGCGGGAGUGUUCUCUAAUACAAUACCUGUAAGGCUCAAAGUUGAGCGUCUCGCUCGCUCGUCAUCGUACGCACCGCCGCCUCGCCCUCCGACCAGCCCUCGCCCAGCCCGCCCGAGGAGCGCGCGCAGAGGGAGAGUGUGCUCUAACGUCAUACGUAUAAGACUCAAAACCAAACGAGGUGUAAGUGAAGUAAGUGUGCUCUAAUACAACAUCUAUAAGAUCCUAAGUUAAACGUGCGUCCAGCCCGUCGGAGGAGAGUGUGUUCUAACGCGAUAGCUAUAAGACUCAAAAUAGAUCAACACUUAUAAGAUCCUUAGUCGAACGUGUACCUAGUUCGCCCGUGGUGCAAACGCAGUGGGAGAGUGUGCUCUAACACAAUAGCUGUAGGACUCAAUGUUGCAUGUGCGCCUAGCUCAACUAAGGUGCGCGUACGGCGGGUUACUGUGCUACAUAAGACUCAAAAUUGAACGUGCGUCUAAGGAGCGGGGCAGAAGUGUGCUCUAAUGUAACAGCUAUAAGACUCAAAGUUGAUCGCUUAGUCCGCCCGCCAUCGUGCGCACCGCCGCCUCGCCCUCCGACCCGCCCUCGCCCAGCCCGCCCGAGGAGCGCGCGCAGAGGGAGAGUGUGCUCUAACACAAUAGGUAUAAGACUCAAAUUAGAUCAACACCUAUAAAAUCCAAAAUCGAACGUGUACCUACUUGCAAACGCAGUGGGAGAGUGUGCUCUAAUGACAUAGCUGUAAGACUCAAAAUUGCAUGUGCGCAUUGUGCCUCAGUUGAGCUAGGCGCACAAUGCGCACAUGCAAUGAGUCUAGCGUACGGCGGGUUACUGUGCUGCAUAAGAAUCAAAAUUGAACGUGCGUCUAAGGAGCGGGGCAGGAGUGUGCUCUAAUGUAACAGCUAUAAGACUCAAAAUUGAGCACCUAAACCGUCCGAGUUGCGCAUAAGACUUAAAAUUACGGUGCGGGACGGUAGUGUGCUCUAGUGCAAUACCUGUAAGAAUCAACGUUGAACGGCUAGCUCGCCCGCCAUCGUCCGUAUCUUCGCCUUGCCUUCCUGUAAGACUCAAAUUUGAGCACCUACACCGUCCAAGGUGCUGGGCGGGAAACUGUAACAGCUAUAAGACCCAAAAAAGAACGUGCGUACCCUAUGUGCUCUAAGACAUCAGUUAUAAGACUAAUAUAAUACUUGAACAAGGGCUUGACUCGCCCAAGGUGCGUAAACACAGUGUUUUAUAGGGAAAGUAAUAAGAUUCAAAGUUGAAUGCGCGUCUAUCCCCCCCGAAUGCGGCGGAAGAGUGCUCUAAAUGCUCUAAUGCUUCUCCGAUAAGACUCAAAGUUGUAGGUAUUGUCCGUUGUGAGAAAUUGAAAGCACACUGAAGUAUCAUGGAGUAAGUUUGAUAAUGCCCCAAUAUAAGAUUAGUAAAAGUAAUCGAGUUUUUAAAUAUCAAAAAGGCAACGUUAUUAUUAAUUUCCUUCUAAUAACAAUUUCUUGUGUUUUCAAUUUCUCUCAACCGAGGGCAAAUAACAAUAGAGCCUCGUUCGCUCACUGCAGUCUCAAAAGUGCAAAAAUGUGCUCUAAUUAAAUAAGUAGGAAAUAUAAAACCAAUCACAUACAUAAAUAUGUAGGACUUAAAACAGAAAACAGAUAAUCAAAAUAUCAUGCCUUAUUAAUAUAGCCAGUUUUUAUAACAAUAUUUAUUGACAUGCAGUUAAAGACAGGUUGGUCAUAACUUAAAUUGAAUCGUCCACACUCAUAAAUAAAAUAAAAUAAAUAAGAUAAAAUGCAAAAAAAUAUAAAACCGGACAUUACUGUUGCGCUAAUAAUAAUAUAGUAAUACAGUUAGUCGGGAUAGUGAUCUACGUUGACUAUUUACUUUAUGUCCAACCUACUUUUUAUAAUCUGUACGUGUAAUAAGUUAUGUCAGAAUCAGCUUUGUUAAAAUAGGUAAUUAUACAUUCAAAAAACUUCAAGGCUUCUUUACAAAAUGUCAUCAUGUUUUAAUUAAAUUAACUUUAUACGAUCUCAUUACUAGAGACAUGGUUUAAAGGCAUCUUGAAGUUGAUAACUUGGCUUUAUAUUAUUAGUUCUCAUAUUGUAUGCCGAAAUUUUCAUUGUCAAUAAACUUGUAAUGUCGUACAAGUGAGCAUAUAAUAUAAAGUAUCCAAGUAGAAAUAGGGACAUAGUCACAUACAUAAACCGCUAAUAAAUAAGAAAUAGUUAUUUUACGAUAAAUAUGUAAUGAUGAUAAAUACUAAAAUGAUAAUUAUUUAAUACUACGAGUGUAAUGUACAUUACUUAAGAGUUACCAAGGUAUGUAGCACCGGUUUGAAAUACCUCAUGAGAGAAUAAAAUGUAUGUAAUAAUGACGUGGAAUUGACUGCGAGCAAUAAGACAAUUUGUAGUAGCAUUGCAUUUUAUACUAAGAUGGUUUUAAUUCCAACGUGCCAUAAUAGUUAUCGUGGUGCUAGCGUCAAUAUAAACUGUGUAACACGUGAGAAGCGAAAACUGCGAUAUAAUAACAUCAAUUUUAUUCGAUAGGAAACAAUACACACUACUGAGAUAUUUAGCAGUCCAACAUAGCAAUAAUAGUAGUACUUAUAGGCUAUAAGUACUUAGAAAGAUUAAAAACUUAAUUAGAUUUAUAAAUUUCUCUCUUUCUCUCCAACUUCUAACUCGCAUAUCAGAAUACACGAAAAAUCUAAGCAUCUAUUUCUUUUAAAUGACAAUAAGGAACCUCUAUUGCCUUUAUUUUUAUUAAAUGUAUUGAUUUUGUAAAUGACACGGUAUAAAUAAAAAUGUUGGCGUAAAUGCUGCUACUAAUAUUGUAAAUAAAUAACAUUUAAAAUACAAAAAGAACUGCACUUACAAACUUAUAAUGUAAAUACACUAUUUAGGUAGGGACUCUUCAAAUUCUCACGUAUAUUGUAAACUCUAAAAUCUUCCUUGCUAGAGAAUAAUUAAAAAACAGGACGAGUUCAUUUUUUUUGUUAAAUUCUAAUAAUUUUCUUCUAAACUUGACUACGAUACUGUCGUUUUAACUGGUUUUAACCUGUCCAUUCAAAGUUUCUAGGCUCAAAUAUGCCAAAGAUAGUCAAAUAAAAGAGCUUUUUCAUUUUGAGACAAACAUAAAAUUUGGCCCACAUUGUCCAUUACGGGAUAUCCAAAUGCGAUAACGUAGCAAACAAAAUUAGGUACUUGGAUACGGUCAUUUUUGUGACGAUUUUAAGAAAAUUGCAGUCAAAGACAAUGUAGAGUACUUACAUUGUCUUUGGCGUAGACUAGAGAUAUCUGCCUUUUCGAUCUUGCUAAGCUACUUUACCUUUUUCGAGCUUGGCUUUUAUAGGUAGCUUCUUGGGAGGUAUUUUAUUGACUAGAAUCGUCAUUGUUCUUAUUGUAUUUAAAUAUUAAUUCAAGUAUUGUAGAGAUUUUUGUCUCGAAAAAAUGGUAGGGCUUACUCGUAUAUGUAAUGAGAACAGUGACGAACACUUUUUUACCGUCUCUGAACUUUGUCUUUUGUGUGCCAUCGCAAUGAACAACGUAUUCCUGUUAAAUAAGUGAACUAAUUGUAAGUGAUUAGAACUAGCUGAAUAGUGAACGCAACGCAGUCAAUUUUCUGUGCAUCAUUAUUUAAUACCAAAUACCUACGUUUCAUUGAUAGUUAACGUCAAACUGUAGGGUCUAUUGAUAUAACUUUGUUAUUACACAAUUUUGUUUCAGCAGUAGAACUCUUAAACCCAGUACCUUAGAGUACGUUAUAAAAUAAACAAGAGUUCUAAGUGUGAAACAAAUUAGUGUUGUAUCUAUUAUCGACAUAAUUAUAUACUUGCCAGUCGAGUAGAUGUAAAUAAAAUAAGAGUGUUAAGUAGAUACAUGAUAUAUUUUUGUCAUAGAUAUUUUUUUGUCAAUAAAAGCAUAAUUUAGCUUUAAGCGUAAUUAUAAUGUAUGUAUAGAACGUCAGGUGUGAAAUGUUUAGGUAUAGACAAAAGGUAUUAUGUGAUAAAUACGAGAAACUUGAAACAGAUGUGCUUAUAAGACCUGUAUUUUAAUAAUGAUUUAGUACCAUACCAACUGUGGAGCAUUAUGUAUAAAGUUUGUUUGUAAGGUUUAGAAGAAACUGGUAUAAAACUGUACGAUAAUGUUUUAAGGAAUAAUCAAAAAGUUAUCGAUGAAUGUUACUGUUGUUAUAGCUUUAUGUAAACCAAAAGUGUUAUUAUGUUUCUAAGAUUUAAAAAUAUUUACAAGUCAAGGAAUGAAGGUUUAAACUAAAAUUAUUGUAUUCUCAUUAUGAAACGUAUAACAAUUUUAAUUGAAGGAGAGAGUUACGUUGUUUUAAUACAUAAUACUGUUUUAGUAUUCAAAGAGAUGUGAUGAUGUUGAAACCGUGUAUGCUAUUAUUAUUAUUAUUUUUGUAAUAACAUUUAUUAUUUCUUGGUCUAUCAAGUAAUGAACUAUUGUUUUUAAUAUCGGGACAUUAUUAUUCUGAUUAUGUAUUUUAUUCAGUAUUGGCUCUAAGUAUUUUUUACUUUUUAAAGUAAGCUGUUUGCACAUUUUUAUUCAUAGAAGAAUUCUUGUAAAUUAUUUUAUAAAGCUUCUUUCAUUUUGUAGGAUUUUUAGCAGAAGCGCUAUACUCAUAAAUUAUUAAUUGGUUAUUCGCUUUACGAAAUCUGUUAUUUUAAAGUUGUGUACUUAAAAGUAUGUACAGCUAAAUGUCUGAAUGGACAUGAAAAAAAUCAAAGUGAUAACGAUGGCUUUGUUUAUAAUUUGUAAAAUAAUAUUGUUUUGAUAUAAUAAUGUUUUUGACGUGUAUGUGUUAUGUGUAAGCAGCUUCGGCCCGUCGCCGCUUGCGCCGCCACGCGCUUUGUUGAUAAUGUCCACCGAAAACUUUUGUAAAUAACAGAUUCAUUAAAUGAUAAUGAUGACUGA